AUGUCGAGGAGGUGUGCUGUAUUUUUCCUGGUGUCGCUUUUCUCUGUCGGUCAAGCUCUUGGGGAAAUGGACCCAGAAACAUCCCUCCAAAAGGCACUCUUUAAUGGAUACAAUCGAUAUCGUAAACCGGUCCGCAACAGAACUGUCAGUGUUUCAUUCGGAGUCACCAUUAAGCUGUAUAGUAUAGAACAUGUCAACGAGAAGACGCAGACAUUUUCAUCAAUUAUCUGGUUAGCCUAUGUAUGGAAAGAUGAAUAUCUCCGUUGGAAUAUUUCGGAAUAUGACAUUAAAAGCCUAAGGAUUCCAGCCGUAAAAGUCUGGGUUCCUUCUGUUUGUAAUUUGAAUGAACUAGAAAUUGGCAAAAAAUGUAUGACUUUUGAAUCCGUGAAAGACAAUGAAGUUUUCAUUUCACAUGAAGGGGUUGUCCGUUUAUAUGACACGGUAAGGAGCUCCAUUCAAUGUGAAAUCAACGUACUGAAGUACCCGUUUGACGAACAGAGAUGCACAUAUGCAUUUCAGUCCCUCUUAUCAGACACUCACCAAACAGAGAUUAUAGACAACUAUUCUUUCAUUCACACAUCAAGCCUAACAAAUAACGGAGAAUGGAGCCUCCUUUCUGUAGAGAAGGAAAUAAAGAAAACACGGUACGUAAGUAGUAAUUCCACAUACAGUAAUAUAAAUUUUGUCGUGAAAAUACGACGACGUCCAAUCCUUGCUAUUUUAACUUCGGUGAUACCGAUAGUUGCGCUCUCAGCAAUGAACAUUUUCUGCUUUGUUCUGCCAGUAGAAGCCGGUGAAAAAAUUGGCAUGUCUAUGGCUUUAUUUCUAACCUUUGCUGUGUUUGCCAGCAUUCUGAGCGAUACAAUGCCCUCGUCCUCGGAGAACAUCUCGUGGUUCAGUGUUUAUGUCACCACACAGGUUAUUCUGAGCGCCAUCGUUGUAAUUCUGGAAACUAUCGUUCUCCGUAUUUAUCAUAGAGAUCCCAUGUCAAACGAGAAUAAAGAUAAUACACAGCAAUUUUAUUGUACGACUGUCAACAACGGGGUGGAAAUAUAUACUGUACAGAUUUUAGGGCAUCGCAAACUGGAUGUACGCAUAAAGAUAAAUGAAGUGCUAUACGAGAGAAGAAGAAACAUCAGAAACAGCGAACAACCACGUGCAGUAAGCCGUGUAAGAGAGCUGCUAAUGGACAACAACAACGGUUUAAAAGUUGUGGAUAACGGUAAAUCUAUCGAGAGCACAAAAAUCCUCCGACUCCAAGAAACUUACAAAGACAUUCCCAUUUUCAAUGCAUACAUAACAGAAGAAGUUGAUUCCGACACGGAUCAGUGGACAGGUCAAGUUUCUGGUUCAUGGUACGAUGAACUGGAGGAGGAUAUAAUUGAUGUUGUUCCACGGUUGAGUGAGGAUGAAGCGUUGUCAGCUGCUGUGCUCAAUGAGGGAUUAAACAAUACGUCAGCAUUACAUAAAAGUGAGAUUCUCUUGAUGAUCAUGCCAACUGAUGGCGGAGCAAUUCUGUGUUACGAUGUUACAUUGACAAUUAUCACACCAGAAACAAUGAAAAGACCAGGAUAUAUUAUUGAUGCAAAUUCGGGACAAAUACUUUACAGAAUACAGCGACUACAGAAUUUUGGUAUAAAUGCUGUCGGUGGAAACAAUAAAACUCAGAAGAUUAAGUAUGGUGAAGACUUCCCGCCUUUAAAAGUCAAAAUUGGCAAAGCAAGGAAAAAAUGCAGACUAAAAUCUAAUUACGUACGCGUGUUCGAUUUACAAACUGCAAAGACACUCCCGUCAAAAUCUAAGCCAUAUACAUUUCCUUGCAGCAAAGGCAUAAAAGAUAAUGUGAACGGUGGGUUUUCUCCUAUGUCUGAUGCCUUUUAUAUAUCUGAGCAAGUCUUCAAAAUGUUUGAAGAUUGGGCCCACACGCCUGUUGUUACCAAGCCUCCAGUUGACGUAUGGGUACAUUAUGGAAAGUUACAAUUUGAAGCGUCGUACAAUGGGGAGGGUAUAAUUUUUGGAGAUGGUGGCAAGUAUUAUUAUCCACUGGUAACAUACGAUAUAGUGGGUCAUGAAUUUGCUCACAUAUUUACCGAGGGGCACUCACAUCUCGUAUAUGCGAAUCAGUCUGGGGGUAUCAAUGAGGCAUAUUCCGACCUCGCUGGAGAAGCUUUAGAAUUGUACAUAACAGGGAUGUUUGAUCUUCAUACCGGUGCCAAGUCUGAUAAAAACGAUAAUGAAGGUAUCCGUGAUCUAUGUGAUCAAAAUAAAGAUGGUAGCUCCAUAGUCCAUGUCAAAAAUUAUCAGGAUGGAAUGGAGGUUCACGAGUCCAGUGGAAUAUUCAACAAAGUUUCUUGUACAUUGAUCAAAGAACCCACUUUUGGACUAAAGAUAGUUUUUCAGAUCUUUACUCAUGCUAACAGGUUCUACUGGGCUCCUUAUUCCAAUUUUUCAGAUGCGGCCUGUGGGGUCCUCAAGGCCGCUUAUGAUCUUGGUCACGACACAGAAAUUAUUCGAAAAGCAUUCAAGGUAGUAGGCAUCAACGUAUGCGAAAUAGAGACAUACAUGCGGAAAAUUUACGGGAAAACACACAUAAAAAGUUUGACAGCAAAAGGAACGGAAAAUAUUGUUUUUGGUUUUGACGGACGGACAUCUUCUGGUCAGCUAGUCCGGAUUUUUACAGAGGGUGGAUCAGGUGACGUAGAUUUGUACGUAAAUAAUGAUUUAAAUCUAGACAAAACUUUGACAACAUACAUAUCUACUUACAAAGGGAACGUUGAGGUAAUACAGAUUCCAUUUAAACAAUGUCUGAUGAAAAUAUGUUAUAUACAUCUUGUCCCAAAAGCUGAAGGCUUCAGAGAAGUUUCUUUUCAAUUAAAUAUUAUUUGAGAAUGGAGAGUUCAAAAUGAAAGAAUUCUGAAAGUAGACGAUAGUCAUCUAAAAACUGUAAUUAUAUAAACUAAGAAUUAUUUAUGAUAUGCAAGAGAACAAAAUUAUUGGGGACCCUGCUGAAGGAAAAAGGAUAUUUUAAAAUAUUUAGAAAUACUUGAUUUGUUCAAUUUAUCAUUAAUUUACUUUGCAUGUUUUCUACGUGUAAUAUGACGACACGGCUUAUGGUAUGUGCCCAGGCCCGUAGGAAGCAAUUUCACUUUGAGGGGGCACGACCAUACAUUUUCAGUUGGGAGGGGGGCACAUUCAACAACCAAAAUUCCUUG